AUGCCCGCGCACAUGCCGCGCCCAGCGGCCAUGGGGUUUGGGGCUGCGCCCCCUGCGGCCCUCCUGCGGCCGCUGCGGAGCGGUGGUGCAGGAGCGGGGUGGAGCAGGCCGCCCGGCCCGCCGGUGCCCCUGGCCCCUGCCUUCGGCGUGCCGUUCGAGGAGAGCGGGCCGGUCGCCCUGUGGCCGCAGCCGAUGAAGGUCCCCAUCUUAGGCGCCAGCUACUCGGACCUGUCCACGGCCACGGGGUCGCCCGCAGCGUCUGCAUGGGAGGACGGAUAUGACGACGUGGCUGAGGCAGGCAGCCUGGCCAGCAGCCCUGGGCAAGCCGACGGUGGCCUGUCUGUCACCUCGUCGGGCGAUGAGCCCAGUCGCGGCUACAGCACCCGCGAGAAGACAAAGCUCGAGAAUCUGAUAAGGCUGCACGUGCACUGCCUGAGCGGCGGCUGCGCGCCGUCCGCAGAGUCGGUCCCGGCCCCGCCGGGCCUCGUGCAGCCGCUGCAGCUGCUGCAGGGCCCGGCGCUGCAGGCGCCCCUCGUGCCGCCGCCCUUGGAACCGUCGGGCAAGGGCCCGUGGCCGGCGCCGGCUUCCGGCCAGGGCGUCUCCUUCGGCUCCAUCGGGCACCCCGGCUGCUGCGCCGGGCCGUGCAAGUACGUGUCCGCGAGGUCUCGGGGGUGCAAGGACGGGCCGGCCUGCGACAGGUGCCACCUCUGCGUCUGGCCACGCCGCGACAACCAGCACCAGCAGCGCGCGGAUGGCGGCCCAGCGCCCAGACUCCGCGCGGGCGGCUCAGCGCGCAGCUGCGCGGCGCGGCCGACGCCAAGCGAACGAGUGUGCACAUCGCUGGCUCCUGAGUCCAAAGCUACCCCGCGGACGCCGGAGGAGGUUUGUCCGCCCCCGCCUCAGCCAGCCGCGGCACGGGCGCCCGCGCUGGCAGGUGUGGCCACGGGGGGCGGGGGCGGCGGAGCCGAGUGGACGAACGAGGCCCGAGCGCAGCAGAUUUUCGGGUUCUUCGAAAUCACCCACACGGCUGCGCUGGGGCGUGCAAGUACUUCCGCAAGGCUCGCGGCUGUAAGGACGGUGCGUCCUGCGGCCGGUGCCACGCGUGCGAGUGGCGCGCGCCGCCGAGAACUGGCCGCGUCUUCAAGGAGCCCGCCGGGGACUCGGUGGCAGAAGUGGGGAGUGCGGCGCCAUCUAUCUGAUGAACCACAGGGAUCUUUUGUCCUCAAUGAUAGAAUUUAG